AUGGCUCGGGCACUGCUGCUGCGGUGGGCAGAAGCCUGCGUUGUGCUCAGCUUGGUGGCGCACGUCGUCGUCGUCCCUGGGGUCAAGGUCGAAGAGUCGUUCUCGUUGACGGCGGUGCGCGAUGUCGUCGUCCACGGCCUCGACCAGCCUCAGCGGUUCGACCACGUCGAGUUUGAGGGCGCCGUGCCGAGGUCGUUCAUCGCCCCGAUCGCUCUCGCCGCCGUCGCCUUGCUCCCGUUCAAGGCCCUCAGCGCGCUCGAGCUCGUGCGCACUGGACUCGAGGCCCAGCUCAUCGUCCGCCUCACGCUCGCACUCGCCUCGGCCCUCUCGGUCGUCUUCCUGUCGCGGUCGGUCCGCGCUGCGUACGGCGCCAAGGUCGCCAAGUACUUCCUCGUGCUCGCUGCGACCCAGUUCCACGUCCCGUACUGGGCCGGCCGCACCCUCCCCAACGUGCUCGCCUUUCCUCUCGUCCAAAUCGCCCUUGCCCUCUUCGUCUGCUCUCCCUCCCUCUCGAGCAUCUCGAACCCGCGCCGGUCGACCCGACUGCACCUCCUCUCGGCCUUCUCGCUCCUCACCUUCACGGCCGUCGUCAUCCGCCUCGAGCUCGCGGCGCUCGUUGCGCCGUUUGCGCUCGAGCACCUCGCGAGGGGCCUCGUCGGCGUGCGCGAGCUCGUCGUGACGGGCGUCGUGUCGGCCGCCGCCAGCCUCGCCCUGAGCGUCGUCGUCGACUCGUACUUCUGGCAGAGCCCGACUUGGCUGUGGCCCGAGGGCCAGGCCUUCCUGUUCAACGUCGUCGAGGGCAAAUCGGCCGACUGGGGCGUCUCGCCCGCCUCGUACUACUUCCUGUCGGCUCUGCCCAAGCUCCUCCACCUGUCGCUCCUCCCCGCCGCGCUGUCAAUCUUCUCGGACCGCCGCACCCGGCGCCUCGUCAUUCCGUGCCUCGCGUUCGUCGCCGUCUUGAGCGGUCUCGAGCACAAGGAGUGGCGGUUCGUCGUCUAUGUCGUGCCGGCCUUGACGGUCGCGGCGGCAGCUGGGGUCGUCGCUGUUGGCGCCCUCACCGCCUCGCCCCUCGUGCGCCGGCUCGUCCUCCUCUCGCUCCUCUCCCUCAACGCCCUCCAAACCCUCCUCGGCCUCGCCGCCUCGGCGCCCAACUACCCCGGCGCCGACGCCCUCGCCUUCCUCGAGGCGCACGCCCUCCUCCCCGCCACCACCCCCCGAGCCCCGCAGCACGACCCGUGGCGCGUCCACGUCGGGACCGCCGCAAAGAUGACGGGCGCGAGCAACUUUGUCGUGCUCGACUCGGCGCGAGCGCGGCGCGCCGGCGACGGCGGCGGCGACGGCGAUGGGCCGUCGAGCGGGGCGUGGUACCUCGCGCCGCUGGUGCCCGCCGAGCGCCACGCCGCCGUCGUCGUGUACGACCGUGCCGAGCCGCGCGCGCCGUGGGCGUCGUACGACUUUGCGCUCGUCGCUGCCGACGAGGCGCUGCCGCCCGAUGCCGAGGUGCUGUACACGGCGAGCGAGUUUGGCGGGUGGGACGGGGGGGCGCUGCUGCGGGGUGAGUGGGGCAAGGUGAGCAGGAGGAGGGACGCGGUGAGGGUCGUGAGGUUGCCGAGGGGCGAGUGA